UUCACUUAAUUUAAUUAGGAAAUCGAAUUACAAUUAUUCACACAAUUCAAUGAUUUUAAGAUGUAUAGUAUUGUAUCAAUAUGUUGAAAGUAUAUAAAGUAGAUAAAAGUGCACACAAGAACGCGUUCUCGCUGAACAUUUCUGAAGAGGAGUAUAAGUUGUCACAAUGUCAAUUGACGAUGGGGACAAUAACAAAUUUAAGCGAACAUUUUUUAUCAAAUGAUAAUUACAUUUGUAAAAGUGGCACGGAUAUCAUGGACUGUUAUAUUUUAUACCUUCAUAUUUUUAUAAAUGGUAAUAUUUACAAUCUCACUUCGAGGAUACUAAGAAAAUUGAGAAAGGUAUUAUUAUGCUCUAAAUCUGAACUCCCAAAGUUUUAUCAAGAAAUAAUAGAUUUAUUCUACUAUAAAGUAUUGAUCUUUACUUCUGAAUGGUCACUACGAAAUGGAGACGAAGAAGAAUUCUUUUCAAGCAGUACAGUUUUAUGGGAAAAUUAUAAUUCUAUAGAAGAUGAAGAAGAUAAGAAAAUGUAUAAUAUAUACGAAUUGUAUAACUGCAUGAUUUAUAACAAACGCUGGUGUCCAAGUAAAAACGUAUUGAAUAAUGAGUAUGUUUUUUAAAGUUUACUUAGUUAAAUCCGCUGAGAGUUCGCGAAAUAUCAGUAUAGAGAAGAAAAUGGGAUUAGUGCAAUUAAUUGACAAGGGUACUUCAAAUUCUAUUAUAUUUAACAAUUUAUUUUAAAUA